UGUAAGGGUGGGAUUUCCAGGCUUUCAGUGAGCUCAAUGUAGAGCUUACAACCGUCUUGGACCUAUGCGGCUGCUUCAGCGACAGCAAAAAGCGAACUAGUUGUUCCCGUUCUUAGCCAAAGAGGCCCAUACAUUGCACGCUGGAUGUGUUUGUUUAUUUUUUUACAUGCGCCUCCAAUCGGAAUAAAUAAUUGAGGAAUGUGGAAAUUACAGAAUGCCCAACAGCGCUGGAAAGAGAUUUAAACCCACCAAAUACAUCCCAGUGUCCACUGCUGCCACACUCCUUGUGGGAUCGACCACUUUAUUUUUCGUUUUCACGUCCCCCUGGUUGGCGAAGGUAAUCUCUCCCGCUGUGCCUCUCUACAAUGGCCUGGUCUUCCUCUUCGUCUUGGCCAACUUCAGCAUGGCAACCUUCAUGGAUCCUGGUGUUUACCCCAGAGCGGACGAGGAUGAGGACAAAGACGAUGAUUUCCGGGCACCGCUCUACAAAAACGUGGAGAUCAAAGGCAUUCAGGUCCGGAUGAAGUGGUGUGCCACCUGUCACUUCUACAGGCCGCCUCGAUGCUCACAUUGCAGCGUCUGUGACAACUGUGUGGAGGACUUUGACCAUCACUGCCCCUGGGUGAACAACUGCAUCGGACGGAGGAACUACCGUUACUUCUUCCUCUUCCUGCUUUCGCUGAGUAUUCACAUGGUGGGAGUUUUCUCCUUUGGCCUUAUCUUCGUCCUCCACCACAAAGAGAGGCUAGGAACACUGCACACCACCGUCACCCUGGUGGUGAUGUGUAUAGCAGGGCUUUUCUUUAUUCCAGUCAUGGGACUCACAGGUUUUCAUAUGGUGCUUGUGGCUCGUGGCCGAACAACCAAUGAACAGGUGACGGGCAAGUUUCGUGGAGGAGUAAAUCCUUUCACCAAGGGUUGCUGUGGCAACGUGGAGUAUGUCUUAUGUAGUCCCCUGGCACCCAGGUACACGUCGGACCCCAGGAAAAAGCCCCACAUCAAAAUUCAGCCCCCAUUCAUCAGACCGGACUUCUCAGACAGGCAAAUCACCAUCAAGGUCAGCGACAAUGGUAUCCACAGCACCAUAAUCAGCUCCAAGUCCAAAAGCAGCCUUGACGGUCUGGACAACAAAGAAAUCCAACCGCCGCUGCCACCUAAAGCGGACAGGUACAACCACCUAAAAAGCCAGCUGACAUCCAGUGAAGAAAGUUCUCUUUCUGGUAAAACCCACCCAUCCACCCCAGCCAUGUACAAGUUCAGGCCGUCCUUUGGCACUAUGCCUAAAGUCCAUUACCAUACUGCUGGAGAGAAGAUUAUCAUGGCUGAUGAACGAAAGACCUCGGCCAUCAUGGAAGAAGGUGUCCGUGGUCAUGACUACCGAUCUGAGCCAAAUCUGGACCUGCCUGAGUACGCCAAUGCUCCACUACAUCGCACUUUUCAGUCCUCACCUUACCAACUGGACUCUGACCCCGUCAACUCCCGCUCUCUCAGCCUGAAGCAGGGUCACCGCCGGCCGGAAAAGGGCCACAUCCAGGCUCUGUCGCAUCAGACAGUCACUUCCACUCCAAACAAGAAUGUUUUCUCUCCAAACACUCUCUCCAAUCGUAACGGCAGUUUGUCUUAUGAUAGCCUGCUCAACCCCAGCAUUUCUCCAACCAGUGCCAAUGAGUGCAUGGCUCACCGUGGUAUGCCCUCUAUUGGAUUCCACUCACCCUACCUGCCCACCAAAAUGUGCCACAUACGGGAAGCUGACAUCCAUAGACAACAAGUUGCUCCCACCUACAGUCCAGUGUUGCCCCCCAGGGGGGUGGGCAGACAAUCCCCUCACCUAAGGGACAGGGAUCCAUCUCCAGUGCGCUACGAUAACCUCUCCCAGACCAUCAUGGCCUCUAUUCAGGAGCGAAAGGAAAUGGAGGAGAGGGAGAAGCAGCAGAUGCUGCAUGGGCGCUCCCAGACCCACAUCUAUGCCCAGGACUCUGGUGUGUUUGAUGGGGGUUAUGGUCUACCGACCAAUACUUGCUACCCAGAUGGGCAUCGUGGCCCUGGCUCCAGAGGUCCAACACCCCCAGCUUAUGGAGGCUCCAGAGACAACCUUAUGGGUGUUGGGCUGGUGAGCUAUGGUCAAAGAACCCCUGUACUGCGCCACGCCGGCUCCACGCUGGGCCGAGCCCCUCGGACUUCAUCCACCUCCCUGCACACAGAUCACAGUAGCAGCAACAGCAGCCAGUGCAGGGCGCCAGGUUCUGAGGGUCCCUAUCGCUCCCCAGCUCACCAGCCCCACUCCCCUGCUAUGCCCCGAUCCCCUUCCUACUCCCACCAGAAACUCUCCUACAUCAAUGCUCAUGAGAGGACAGACUCACCUCGCCUGGGGGGCAGAGAGGCCACAAAAGUUAAUGGACAGAUGGACUGUCACCCGAGCACCCAGGGUGCCACCCACAGCCCCAGUCGCCACAGUAACGUGAAAAAGGUGACAGGUGUUGGAGGCACCACAUAUGAAAUAUCUGUGUGAGCAAGAACAACUCAACUAUUAAAAAUGACACAUUACUAUAAAAAGAAAUUAUCCAGUCUGCUAUUUAAUAAUAAUAUUAAGCAGUCAGGGACACUUGGUACCUGCUGUUUUGGAUUCACUGUCUAGUUGGAGGAUCUGACUGCUCUUGUGUCUUGAUUCUGUUGCGCCAAUGGCCAUACAAACUUUUACUGGAGGAGAGGUUUAUGAGUUGAACACCACAGCCUGUUGUAUGUGUGCAAAAUCUUUUGUAGUUACCAUUUCUGUGACUCAUCGUCUUGGGCGUGAAACGGACCAUCCGACAAGACUGUGUCUUUCAUCUGCAGCUAUGAAGCAUUUCGUUGUUCCAGAUGCUGAACACAAGCUUCACUUAAGUAAAGGCUGAGAGCUGAACAGAGACACUGCAGACAGGAAGAUCAACAUCCUCACAAUGGACCUCUGCAAGAAGUCUCUUUCCUGAAGUCGGCCGACUUCAAGAAUCCAUGGUGCUUCACAUUAACUUGUACUGCUCAUGUCGUCUUUGGCGUAUGUUUACAGCUUUGAGGAGUGAUGUGCAAGUUCAGAAAGCAGAACACAAGGAAGAGGAGAAACUGGGGAUAUGAAGGAUGGGGAGGUCAUCUUGUCAUCUGGUUGCAAUUCCAAAUUAAAUGAGAAAGGUUUACUUGAAAGGAAAAGGAAAAAAAAAAAUCUUAAUUUCCUCAGGAAUUAAUGCAACCAGCAGAGAUGCUUGUUGGCAUGAAUUCAUCCAUUUUGAAUAUGUGUCCUUUGUUGAGGUGUAGAUGAGCUGCCUUUUAUUGCUUUCACAAAAGCGUGGUUUCAAAGGCAAUUUCAACCUGACUCACUAUACAAGUGUUGGGCUGAUAUAUUUGCAUUCUGAAAGGCCACAAUACCUCAUCCCAACAUUUCUCACAAAGUUUAGGACAAUUUCAGCCUCACACAACCAAAAUAAAAAGAAGGAAAAAAUAUUGAGUAUGCUUCCUGUAACCAUAUAGCAUAUAUAAAUAAAGGGGUGUUACAAGAAAGUCAGAUAUUACCAAAAAAAAAAAACUGAUCACCCAAUUUAUAAUUUUGUAAUGUUAUUUUCUUUCCUUUUUUCAUCAGUUUAUGUUUUUGUGUACCCAACCAUUCAAAAGGAGUUUGAUGUAUCUUUUUAAACAGCCGCUUAAGCCUGGAAUGGAUAUGAUCCUUCGAGUGGAGUCGAUUUGAGCUCAUAAAUCAUGAAUUUACUAAAUGAGAUCAUGGAUAAUGGGUAAAUCUAAUAUAGCUUGCUGUGUUUUAGUGUAUAAUAAGUGUAAUUGAUUGAUUUGUGAUGUGAAAAAUGAAAUCUUAAGUUGCAGUCCUUGAAUAGUCACAUGGUUUGUGCAGAGCUACAUGCAUGCUGUACACAAUUUUAGGAAUGGGCUUUGUGUCAAAGCUGCCUUGAGACAUUGGUGCCAAAAGUGGCCACACACCUUUAAUUUGUCAGACAGCAAAUGUGACAUCACUGCUGAGUGAAACUGUUAAAACGGUUAGUUUGCAGUAGCUGUCUGGUACAGCUCAGGUGUUAUCCACCAGUAAGAGAAAUAUCCUAACUGAAAAGUCCAUGCUUGUAUUACUUUCAAUAAAGAAAUAAGAGGACAGUGACACAAAAUGCCAGAAAUUACAUGGAUGUAAAAUGUUACAAUUUUUUUUGCAUUAAGGGAAAAAAACCAUUGUUGCCUUUUGAGAAGAAAAGUUGUUUCCUACAGAGUGAUCUGUGGUUGAAACACUGCGAUAUAAUAAGGGACAAUGUAAAAUUCUUUAUGGGGCAGAAUAUGGCCCUUGUGAGCAUCUUGGACUGGGUAAACAUGGAAUGAGAACUUCCUGAAAAAUGGUGAUUGUACAAAGUAAUGUACGAUCUUCUUAGUUAUAAAAAAUCAAGAGGAUUAAGGGUUUAAUUUCUCCAUAGGUUGCAGAAUUAAGGCCUGAGGCUAUCUGCAGAGAUUGGAUGUUACUGACAGUUGCUGCAGUUCCAACUCUGGCCAGCAUGGUCUGUGUGAUCUCAACCAGCUGCCUUACCAAGACUGUGCAGCACAGUAACAAGAUUGUCCGGUUGAACCGUGUAUCUAUGAAAUGCUGAAAGUUUGAUGCAAGGCUGUGGUAAACAGGGCUAGCUUUUUGACUAAAUCUAAUGGGUAGGAACAUCUUUAACUACCACAAUAGAGCAUUAGCUAUUGAAUUUCCUUUAAACCCAUCUCUUGACUUUCAGAUCCCAAUUUGACCACAUAUCAACAUGCAAUCAAUGUCAUUCCUCCUUAAGAUGACUGCCAUAGUCCAAUGUUCCUUUUUUUGGGAUGGACAUCACUGCAGGUCAGGGGCCAUUCCUGACAGUCAACUAUAUCUAUCAGCCACAAGCUGAGUUUGUUUUCCAAAACAGAUGUUAUAAUAUAGAAUACACUAUAACUGUAUGUGUUCCUAUUUUUGUGAAAAGGAAAUAUUCCCAAUGACCUGAGCAAAGUAAAUAAAGUUUUCAACUAUGA